AUGCAAAAAUCGGGAUGCCAAAAAAAGGGGAGCACAGGAUUGAAAGAUUUGGAUCAGGACUGCGGAAUGAGAAUGGUAAGCGUCUUGUUGGGCUCUUGCCGCCGCACGGCUUUUCAUGGCAACUCCAUCUUCAUGAAGAAAGAACACCGGUGGUGGACAUGGGAGUCAACAGUACGACUCAUGCAGAGAUCGACCACAUUCCCACAAACCGAAGGUGGUGCUCAAUGGACGUCUCAGUGGUACCAUCCUUCAGUAGUGGCUCAGAUCACCGCCUCCUUCGAGCAAAAGUGA